AUGCAAAAAGACGGGGAGCUCAAGGCGCUGCACAGCCGGGCGGCGGCCGGGGAGUUGGCUGGCUGGGCGCAUCACGGAGAUACGUGCCUAGCGCUGGUGGUGAUCCUGGACCAGUUCUCCCGGAGCCUGUACCGUGGUACUCCUAGCGCCUAUGCCUGCGAUGUGGCGGCCCGCGCCGCGGCCAAUGCGGCGCUCGUGCGGGGCGACGACAAGUGUCAUCCCCCCGGGCCACGGCGCUGGGCCUUGUACCUGCCCUUCAUGCACUCAGAGGACCUGCAGGACAAGGUGCGUUGCGUGAACCUCAUGCGCGAGGGCCUGGGGAAGUCUCUCUUCAAAGGAAGCGCGGAGGCCAAAGCCCUGCCGAAGCUGAAUGCCUCAGGCCAUGAGAAGAAAAGCGCAAAGUCAUCGCCAAAGAUUGCUAGCAGCAACAGCAUAGAGAAGGGCUGCAAAAGCCCAGAGGUGAGGAGGCACGAGGAGGAGAUAUCAGAGGAUGAGAGUGACAUCAGCGACCUGGAGGAUGUGAAAAUAUUGAAGGCCAGCCAUGCGACGCACCGGGCAAGGGAUGGCAGGAAGGCCUACUCCAUGCAGGCAGCCUUGGAGAUCCCCGCCCUGCCAGUGCUGCCACUGAACCAUGCGCACGCCCAGCGCUUCAGAGAGAUGCGGCUGGAUGCGCAGACGCAACAGGAAGCCUUGAUCACCAGGAAUCGGGGUCUGAUAGAUGUGCUCCAUGAGCACCAGCCUUGGGGAAGAUACCGAGACAGGAAUGGCAGCAUGGCCAAUGCCGGCAGUUGUGCGUGGGACGAUUGCAUUUGGUACACCGACUUCGUACAGAUUCCGGGCGAGCCCACAGUGAAUGCAGAGGAGUUCCGCACAUUCAACGUCAAGGUCUCCUCGGGCAGUGAGGACUGGACCGCCAAGAGCCCCUGGCGCGCCCCGGGGACGGCGCCAGUUCUGGGCAGGGGGUGCGGUGUCUACGGCGGCAAGCGAGACUUCGUGGAAGACUCCUCGGGGGACCUGCUGAAGAAUCUUCCGCCGGGCACGGAUGGCGUGGAUUUGCCGGCAAAUGAACCCACGCAGUGGCCAAAAGGCUCCGUACAGGAGGUGGCAUGGGCCAUUGCGGCCAACCACGGAGGCGGCUACUCCUACCGCCUUUGCCCAAAGUCCGGGGAUGUGUCGGAGGAGUGCUUCCAGAGGCACGUGCUGAAAUUCGUGGGGGACACCCAGUGGCUGAUCUACGGGAACGUCACCCAGAUGGGCGAGUCCAUCGCUUCGGAGAUGCCUCGCCUGGCCCUGCCGCUGAAACGUGUGACCGAGGGCACGUUCCCUAAGGGCAGUGAGUGGGCCAGGAACCCCGUGCCCAGCUGCGACAUGUUCAGCCAGAAGAUGUGCGAGGGCCUGCCGCAGAAGAAGUUCAUCAAUUGCGCCCAGGCGGCCAGCGGCUACGACGUGGUCACCUGCCCUCCUGGCCGGGUGCAGUUCCCAGAGCCCUACCCGGGCAUCAGUGGACACGUGCCCUGGUGGCGCAGUGGGCUCAAUGCCACCACGCCCCAGUGGUCCACUCAUUUGAUGGGCGGCUCCGCAGGGAAUCCGCCCGUCUCCCGGGGCUUCCCGUUCAGCGUGGCAGACUUGGUGCAGGUGCCGGAGGACCUCCCUGCGGGCGACUACCUGCUCUCCUGGCGCUGGGACUGCGAGCAAUCCACCCAGGUCUGGCAGAAUUGCGCCGACCUUCGCAUCGUGGAGCCGGAAGGUCCACAGGGCCCCCCAGCUUCACAGCCGGCCGCGCAAGGUCCGCAAGGCCCACCAGUCGGGAGCGAAGACACAGUGCUUCCGUAA